AUGACAGACCUAGAUUCAGUCUUCAUCUCCACUGUUGAGACGGCAGUUACAACAUCAGUUGCUCAAAAUAAGCCAUUAAUUGUUUUUAAUACAGAUAAUUCAACAUCCUCUAAUAACUGGAUCAAUGAGAUACUUUCAUCUGAUCUAUUGCAGCUGGUUUCAGAGAAAGCUGUUGCUCUAAAGCUUGUCAAAGAUACACAGCAAUUUGCGUUAUUUGAACAAGUUUUUCCAAAUGUUAUUGUACCCAGCAUAUAUUGUAUUAAAGUCUCUGCUAUAUUAGAUAUCAUUCAUGGUGAUGUAAAUAAAGAACAAUUUAAAGAAAGGAUGGAAAAAGUUUUAUUACAAAAUUCUUCAAAUUCAACAGAUCAACAAGACCAACAACCACCAAAUCAUGUGAAUCUUCAGGAAUCUGGUAUUACCUCAAACACAAGACAAACAACAUCAAGUCCUCAGCAAAACACAACCGUACGAAAUGCACCAUUAGAAGAUUCAAAUGUAUCCUUGGUAUCACCAUCACUACCAGCUACCGAUGCUUCCGGGUCCACAGAUUCUCCACGAGUUGGAAAUUCUACAAGAGAUGCUUUACAAUCACAAAGAAAUACACCAAGUCCAUCUUCAAAAGGCAAAAGCUAUGGGAAACGUGAUCAUAAAUCUUUGAAAGAAGAAGCCGCUGAACUUGCCGCUAAAAAGUAUAAAGAAGAACAGUUGAAAAAACGCCAAAUGGAGAAAGAAGAGCGUGAUAGGGUUAAAAGGUUAUUGAAAGCUGAUGAAGAUGAAAGAAAACUAAAUGAGCUUCGCAAAAAAGAAGACAGAGAGAGACAGAGAAGAUUGUCAAAUGAUUCGGGUGAGCUAGAAGAUGAACAUUCAAAUAUUGAUGAAAUAAUCAGCGGUAACAAAUCGUUAAAAAACAAUAUUCGUGAUAGAAGACCUUCAAGUCAUCCAAAAUGUGCAUUGUCUAUACGUUUAUUGGACGGUAGCUCUUUAAGACAUGAGUUCCAAAAUAAUGACACAUUAAAUGUUGUGAGAAAAUGGCUUGAUGAAAAUAGAACCGAUGGCGAUGACCCAUAUUGUUUUCACAGAACUAUUCCAAGAGCUACAUUUGGUGUCACUGAUGAAGAGAAAACAUUAGAUGCUCUUGAACUAACCCCUCGUUCAGCUUUGAUCUUGAAACCAUUCAACACUUAUGCUACUGCUUAUCAAGGUAAACAGAAGACACCUUCAAGUGGCGGUCUCUUUUCAAGGGUAUUUGGCGGUUUAUCUUCACUUUGGUAUGGAAGUGAAGGCCAUUCACUUAAUAAUUCGAAUGAUGAGGCUAGACAGAAUGAUUCCAUUGAGCAGGAUGAUGACAUGAUUGAUCCAGCUUCACCACAAUCAUCAUCGUACGUUUCUCCAGCUCCUACACCAAGAAACUUUAAUGAACCAGAAACCAAUAGACUUGACUUAUUGCAUCCAUCAUCACUAAAUUUGAAUUUAAAUUUGGACCAGGUUCAACUUCCAAGGCCGGCUUCUCCAGCUCAAAGUUUGAACACCCAACAGAAUCACCAAGAAUCAGCAGUAGGUAGGACUGAACUACCAGCAUCGCUAUUAAGAACAAAUUCCAGUCAAUCGUGGAUUAGAACUUUAAAUGAUGAUAAUGACAACGACGACCGUCUGACAUAUAACGGAAACCAUGUUAAUUUGGAAGAUGACUCUAAAAAGAGAUGA